AUGAAGCGAAUACAGGAAAUCCAGCAGAAUCUGGAGCGACUCGCCGAGAUGGACGAGCAUUUGGAGCACUGCGAAGAGUGGAAUGUCGUCGCGCAGGAGAUUGUGCAAAAGUUGAGCACGAUUCGGAAAGAGGUCGAGAGGAGCGUGGCGCCGACGCCCUCGCUUCUCACGCCGCCCGCCUCCAUGGGCUCCGGCAGCAUUUAUUGUGAGUUUCAGUCUUUAUUCACCUAGAAAAUUGACGUGCAAGGCGUUCUAUUCCAUCUACAGCGUGGCUUUUAUUGUAAAUAGUAUAAGGCGCCCAAAUUGCGGUCAUUCAGGACAAUAGAUUGCCUGUACAAUUCCGUGAUUUUGUUGAGAAAUGAAAACGUGAAGUAAAUUUUAAGGUUUGUGCAGAAACUGCUUGAUAAUUUUCGCAGUUUGAACGCCUAAGAAAUGCAAAUCCUACUGUAGACCAGAGUUGAGCGGAAGAACUCAACGGAAGAAUUUUUAUAUUUUUUAGAAAAUUUUUUCAUGAAAUGUGAUCAACUGACGAAAUGUGUAGCAAAAUGAACUGUGCUCAUAGAAAAAUAAGUGUAAAUUUAGCUUUUCAUACAAAAAAGUUAUUCGAGUUGUUCUGUAAAAAAAGGGCUAACGGAAGACGGAAGGAGACUUUCACGGAACAACUCGAAUAACUUUUUUGUAUGAAAAGUUAAAUUUACAAUGAUUUUUCUAUGAGCAGAGUUCACUUUGCUAUACAUUUCGUCAGUUGAUCACAUUCCAUGAAAAAAUUUUCUAAAAAAGAUAAAAAUUCUUCCGUGUUCUUCCAUUGAGUUCUUCCGCUCAACUCUGCUGUAGACGCGUUUUUCCCUUCCAGCCGAUAACUCGUCGCUCUGCACAGACAACGUCUACACAGAAGCCGUGGAGGCGUACGACCAGCAGAUCUUCUCUCGAUGCGUCCGUCUCGUCGAAAGUGCGAAUCGGGAGUCGCCCGUCGACAUGUGCCUCAUUUCUUUGGCUCAUCAUUCGUACGCGGAGAUGGUGAACGCGGCGAGCAGUUCGGACGAUGCUCUGAAGUUUGCAAAGUGGUGGGCCGAGUUCCUCGACUCGGUGGAGGCGGGUCGCGGACACAGCGAGAAGAUCGAGCUGCUCGACUACGAGGCCGUCGCCUACGAACGGAUUGUGCGGCUCGGCGGCGGCGAAGACACGCAGAAGCUCGUGGAGGUCGUCGUACGAAGCUAUGAGGUCGGUGGCCUAACUGCCCAAUCCUAGGCCAUGGUUUCUCUUCCAGAUGGUCACCCUUCUCAACCGUCCCUAUCACAUCCUCUCCCUUCAGAAACUGUUCCGACUUGCCAACGUUUUGAGCAAUGAGAUCGAUUACGGUAGGCCUCAUAAGAAGUUUUGCUUCUUUGAAAAUAUACUUUUGUAGUUGACGACCCCUUACAAGACUACUGUAGUUCUCUGAAGUUGCGACUCUUCCAAGAGCUACAGUAAUUCAGGGAGGGAUUGUACAAAAGUGUUGUCAACUACAAAAGUACCGUACUAGAUGUGAACAUGUCACACAAAACGUCAACUGUUUUUCAGAACCGGAAUCCGACUCAUUUUCGGACGCGAAAAACGUCGUAAUCGCGGGAGUUCAAAAUGUGCUCAGAGAUCGCCGAAAGUGCUCGCAACUCGGAAAGCACAAUGAGCAAAAUAUGAGAAUGGUAAUUCAUAAUCAAAUCGAGUGUUCAGAAAAGAGAAUUUGUUUUUUAAGUGCGACGAGCUUCUCCACCAAAUCUUCGAGUUUGAUUUUGUGAAAUCCGACGAGAAUUCGUGCCGAAUGAUGGCCAUUUCACCGGUUCCCGACGCGCAGAAUAAUAUUGUAAUGAGACUGUGA